CUAAAUAGACAGUGUGUCAAAGUAACAAAAGACUUUUUAAGAAAAUCCGACAAUUCAUGGACAUGGCGUAAAUUGGUUUUGUGAAUAGAAAUAGAAGAAAAACAGAUUGUUCUAGAAAUUAAAUGAUGGCUGCACGAGGAGACAGAGGAGUUUCAAGAGUACUUGAUAAGUUAGAAGCGUCUGUAAACUCUGGCCAUUACUAUGAGGCACAUCAAAUGUAUAGAACUCUUUAUUUCAGAUAUCUAAGUCAGAAAAAAUAUGAAGAUCUAUUAAAUCUAUUGUACAAAGGUUCGACGUUGUUGCUACAACGUGAUCAGCAAGAGAGUGGAGCAGACUUGGCAAUAUUACUCAUAGAUGUGUUGAAUAAAUCAGAAACGAAACCAUGUCACGAAUGGAUUGAGAAGUUAGCUAAGUUAUUCGAAUUAAUGAAUGCUAGUAUACCUGAGAGGGAAUCUUACCUCACCAAUGCUGUCAAAUGGUCUAUGGAUAAUAACAAAAAAGGACAUCCACUACUUCAUCAGAGAAUUGCUGAAGUGUAUUGGAAGGAAAAGAAAUAUGCAGCUGCUCACAGACACUUCUUGCAUUCAUGUGAUGGAGCUGCAUAUGCCAGUAUGCUUGUUGAACUUCAUACGACGAAAGGACUAAAAUCUGAAAUAGAUUUGUUCAUAGCACAGCCAGUAUUGCAAAUUCUUUGUCUGCGCAACAUACAAAUGGCCACAGAUACAUUUAAUGAAUACACAGGCCUACAUCCUACAAUAAACAAUAAUAAAGGACCUCCAUACAUAUUUCCGUUACUAAAUUUUUUGUGGUUUCUAUUACGUGCUAUUGAACAGAAACAUUCUAAUCAGUUUAAAAUUUUAAGAAAUUGGUAUGCAAUAAGUAUUAAAAGAGAUCCAAACUACUCAGUGUAUUUAGACAACAUUGGGCGCAUUUGGUUUGGCAUAGAAAUACCGCCUGACAACAAACAUGGUGGAUCAGUAUUUGGUGGGCUUUUGAAGUCAAUAAUAGGUGAAGCUGAUAGUUCCGAUGAUGAUGGAGACUAUGUAGGAAGAAAUGCUGCUGCACCUGACUUGGAUUAAAUCCAUGAAAGAAAUCAGUUACUAAACAUUUAUUUUAUUGUGAGUUCUAAUGUCUGGCGCCAAUUAUUAUAGUACAUAACAAAUAAUAAAUAAUACAUGCUAGCAAAAUAAUUAUGAAGACCUUGAUAAGAUGAUGUUAAUUCCUGGAUAUUAGGUCAUUUCUCUUUCAACCAUCACAUCAUACAAAGAUCCAAGUAAAGACUACUCCACAACUAGCCACUUUUCAAUAUGUCUAACAUUCCAUCUACAUUUAUUUACAUACAUAGUAUGUAAUAGUGAUCCUUUAUUCUUUCUUUUUAUUUUGCUAUCCUCUAUAAAAAUUUUUAUAGGUACUGCUCAAUGUUUGUUUGCAUUCUUCAACAUUAACAGGGUAAUAUUUACACCACAUGCAUCAAAUUCUAAUACUUGAUAACUUGUAACAUUGUGGUUUACCUCAAUAUAAUACCUAACAAGUUAUUAUUGGAAUGUUCAAGUGCUAUACUAUCAGGGUCUUCAUGUUAUUUUUUCGUUUGAUUGGUGUUCUGUUAUUAUACUAUUUUUAUAAGUUGAUAUUGUAAGCAGUCUGGGAAUGUGACAAAUUUAAGAUUUUCCUUUAUAUUUAUUGAAUUAGGUUUUAGUAAGGCAACAGAUAAAAGAUUAUAUUAAAGACUAGUUAUGUGGGCCUCAUUUUAACAGCUUGUCACGAUCUAAAGCAAGCAUGGCAUGCACAUAAUUUAAAAUUAGUUUCAUGCCAUUCACAAACUGCUCAUUGUUAACACAUCUCAGUCCUUGAUAUUUGUGCAUAAAACUCACAUUGUGAUUUUAGAACUUAUAAAUGUUGCGUACUAGCGACACAAUCAACACUGAGCCACAGUUUUAGAAACAAAAAUGAUGUAAGAGGUCAAUUUGUUGAACUUGCUAUGUAAAUAUACUUUGCUUCUGCUUUGUCAUUUAAAACAUUUGUUAAAGGUUAUAAUUAUAUUAGGUGGAAAGAUUACUUGUAAAAAUUGUUUAACAUUUAAUUUAUUUGUAACAAAUUUAUAGUCAUAAAAUCAUUAUAGGUACAUUUUUAAUAUAGUAGCUAGGUAAUUCAGUUUACAAUUUGUAAGAUUGCAGGAUGAACAAUGUUGUACAUAAUGGAGUAUUCUUGUCUUAUGAAAUCCAUUGUCAACUGAAUAAUAAAAUUGUAGAACUGAAUUAUGUAACAAAAUAAUCAUAAAUACAUGGUAAUGAUUUUAA